UCUUUGUUGUACCAACAGCAUAUAUGAAGGUGAGGUUACCAUGUCACCAUAUUUAUCUUUCAAAAUCAAAUAUAAUAUAGCUAGUAAACUAUAUAUAUAUAGCUUGGUUGUUCCACAAAAGACAAAAAAAUAUAAUAUGAUGUCAAUGUCAACCAUAGGGAUUUUUCCAAUUGCUAUAUAAAUGCAAGCUAAUUAACUUUGCUAAUGAAAUAGAAACAUAGUUGCAUAGACUUGUUAAAUCACCAUUAAUUAAGCUUCAAAAUGUAUAAUGGUGCACAAAUUCCAUACAUUAAUGGUCCACCAACUGGAAGAUGGACAACAGGUUUAUUUGAUUGCUGUGAAGAGCCUGGAAAUAGCUGUUUAACUUGUUGCUGUCCACGUCUCACCUUUGGUCGAAAUGUUGAGAUCAUAGACCAAGGAAGAACAUCUGCUACACAAGCUCGAUUGAUAUUUUGUGCCCUUGGUUGUUUUGGACUUGGAAGCAUAUAUUCAUACAGAUUUAGAAGUGGACUAAGAGCCCUAUACAAUUUACCAGAAGAACCAUGCAUGGACUUUUGUGUUCACUAUUGUUGUCCUAUUUGUGCCCUUUGCCAAGAAUAUAGAGAACUCAAAAACCGUGGACUCGACCCCUCAAAAGGUUGGAAAGCAAAUGAGGGAAAAAUGAAGACCAACCAAGUGCCUCCACAAGUUGCAAUGGGCAUGACUCGCUAGAAUUAAGAGAUCUUCUUGAACUCAAUUAUUCAAUGUUGUUGUUUUUUCUAGAUCUUACAAAGAACUUAAUUUGUUUACCUAAUUAUCAAUAUUUUGGUUAUUUUCUAUUUGAUGUUUAUGUGAGCAAACGAGCUUUGUUUUUCUAUUUCAUGUGUUAUUUGUUUAUUUCAUUUCAUUUGCAUUACAUAAGGGAUAUGCAUUUUACAUUGUUGUUGAA